CACAUCUUAUCAUCUUCCUUCGGUGCUGUGAUGGAGCAGCCGGUUCACUUUCCUAUGGGAGCUGAGGAGGACCAUUUUUGCGUCAAACUACCAGUAAACAGAAAACGUACGCGCCUUCAUAUUAUGAGAUGAAGGUAAAUGGGAUUGUUUUACACCACCUUCCUUUUCCUUCCUCACGCCACUUCAGCCUGAGGACGACGCUGCAGACACACAAAGUUUGUUGACCUUAUACGAUUCAUUUUUGGACAAGCUGGAUGUCCACGCGUGUCACAGACUCACAGAGGUGCUGCUUUAUCCCUGUUGCUGUUGUUACAUUCACUAACAGAGAUCAUCAUCUACUGAACUCCUGCAUUCUCCAGCGAUGGGGUACAUGCAGAAGAUGAGGUGUAUUUUAAAAUGUGUGCUCUGUGUUCCCAUUGCAUGUUCUGUUUUCUACUUCAUGUCUUGGUCUUUGAGACUUUUACCAGACUUCAAACACAUGGAUAAAUGCUCCUUCAAAAUGGCAAAGAUGCUGAUUUUGGACAACAGUGUGGAUGGCAGCCUCAAUCUUGGGGCCAGAGAUGAUGUGCAAACAUGCACAACAUGGAAAGCUCCCAUCAUCUGGGAGGGGAUGUUCAACCCUGAGAUUUAUGACCAGAGCCACAAGGCAGCAGGGUCCUCUGUGGCUUUAACAGUGUUUGCAGUUGGCAGGUACCUGGAUGCUUACCUUAAGAACUUCCUGAACUCCUCUCAGGAUCACUUUAUGGUGGGUUUACCUGUCACAUAUUACGUGUUCACAGACCAACCAGAAAAGAUGCCUGAUAUUAAGCUCGCUCCUCAGCGAACCAUGAAGGUCAUCAAAGUGGAGAGACACACCAGGUGGCAGGACAUCUCUAUGAUGCGAAUGAAGACCAUAGUAGAUAUCAUUGAGUCGGAUAUUCGCCACCAUUUCUCUCAUGUCUUCUGCUUUGAUGUGGAUCAGGUGUUCGCUGGGAGAUUUGGCUCAGAGGCUCUGGGAGACUCUGUGGCUCUCCUCCACGCCCACUUUUACCACCUUCCAAAGAAGAUGUUUACGUACGACCGCAACCCCAAGUCCAAGGCGUAUAUGGAAACUGGGGAUUAUUACUAUCAUGCUGCUGUCUUUGGAGGCUCGUGGAAGAGUGUGAAGGCGUUGGCCAAGGCCUGCUAUCAAGGCAUCAUGGAGGAUAAACAAAACAAUGUGGAGGCUCUGUGGCAUGAUGAGAGUCAUCUCAACAAAUACCUGUGGCUUCACAAACCCAGUAGGGUGCUCUCUCCAGAGUAUUGCUGGGACCCCAGUAUCGGCUCUAAAAGGGAUAUACGAGUCACUAGGCUACUGUGGGAACCAAAACAGUAUGAGAAGCUACGCAGUCCCUAAUGUGCUGUUGGAUAAAAGAACAAAAUCUCCUGCUUUAUUUGAUGGGACACCUGUUGACUUCAUUUAAAGAGAAACAGGAUUCUUUUCCUCCUAUUGGCAUGUUUACAUUUCAUUCAUAUGUCAUCUGACAUCAAAUCAAUUCAGGUAAACAUUAAACAAACUCAUAUUAAACUGAUUGUUCCUGCACCUGCCUGGUGACAAGUUCAAUUGAUAAAUGAAGACUGACAUAACUGAGCUGAUGAGUGUCAAGACAGCUAGCAGCAGCCUGCUGUUAUUCAAAGCAGUUGGUGCUCAAUUUAGCAUAGCUUAUAUCAUUUAAAUGGGAGGGUUGUAUCAAAAUUCAACCACUGUGCAGUUUAAAUGCAGUAUGUAAAAUGCCACUACUGGGGGGCUUUCAACCAAAACAACAACACAAUAUAAUGAGUACAAACCAGUGCCCCCCAUCUCCGCCCAUCUCUGCUGUUUACUUCUUGUGUUGAAUUGAGGACUCUGUUCAGUUAAAAACAACACCUCAUAAGGUGUAUUUAUUAACCGAAAACCAAUGUAAAUUUCUCAGAAUGAAGAAACGUGCUCAAAGAAGCACUUCCCCAUUCACGCUGAAAGCAGUCUCAGAAUGCUCAUGUGCAAUGGGAGUGACUGUAGAGUGCAUUGUUGUAACAGUGGUGAAAACAAAUCCAUUAAAGAACUCAUGCCAAGUAAUUGCAUCUACAGAAGGUCUGCAGAUAUUCUCAGAUUUGGUCAAAAUCUACCAGGUCCAAAAGUUCUGAGUCCAUGAUUUUUGCCUCAUUGGCUUAUUUUAUGAAAGAAAAUAUGUUUUUUAAAAGAUGUUUUCUUUCUCUCUCUUCUUUCCCGAAACAAAAGACAAGUAUGUCAAACAACUUCAAAAUUCACUAUCCCUUUAAAUACUAACAAAACUGCUGGUAUUUUUAGUCUUGUUCAAGUAACCUAAUGUUGUGUUCACACCAGAUGCAGACGACCACCUAUUCACAUGCAUCUGAAUGUGCAAAUUUAGCAAAACUGCUUUUUUUUAUUUGUUCAAAUAACUUGCUCCACUUGUGUGUCAAAUCACGUUGUGCAAGUGCCCCCAAGACGUGAGAGGGGAGGGGUUUCCUUCUCCUAUUUGCACCCCACAUCUUCAGCAUUCAUGCCACCUAAGGCAAAUUUGCUUCUACUUGUGUCUUUACGUUGACUUUACAUUCAGUUAACUCACAUUAGUUGUUUUACUCACGUCCUGUGUGAACAAAACAUUAGAAUGUUAAAAUCUGAUAUGAAAAUAGCAUUGCCCCUUCUGGGCUGAAACCUCCUAUCUCCAUUUUAUAUGAGUUCCCUCUUUUUAACUUAUCAGAACUAUUCAUCACUCUCGACAUCUGACUUUGAGCUUAACAAAUUGUAAACUAGUGAAAAGUAUCAAAAGAGCUCGUACCUAAACCCAGUAACUCCUUUGGACAUGAGGUAUUUUAAGGCAGAGGUCAGUCUUCACAAGUUUUAUUGUCUUUAACUGUCUCUGGCUCUUGACCCAGUUUCUUUUGAACUGAAGAAGCCUUUUAGGGAAGAGAUGUCUUCAAAACCUCAAGAUCUGGAAAACUGUGACAUGGAUGAAUGAGAACCUACGCAGACAUCUUUUAUAAUGGUCACUGUACCAGAUUAGGUGACUUCAAUAGACUACAUGAAGAGACCCCAUCAAUCAAUACGACUGAUGUGGUGAUAUUGGAUAGAAGAGGGGCUGGGCUAUAUUAUAACCAGACAGAAGACUGUAAACAAACAUACAGUGUUUCAUAAGACUGUAUUUGUUUGGCUGCUAAGGUGUAACUCACCAACUGGUGCUGCUGUUACUUACACUGUAUAUCAACAGUAUUGGGCAUAAUGUCACCAGUGCAAAUUUAAUUUAUAUGCCAAUGACACUGUUAUUUAUUGCUCCGCUCCUACACAGCAUCAGGUUCUCUGUUGUUUACAGGAAGCCUUUGAUAUUGUACAAGAAACUCUGUGGGAAUUAAAACUAGUUCUGAAUCCUGACAAAACCAAAUUCAUGUUGUUUACAAACUCAAAGGGGAGCUGAACCUUCCUCAUAUCACUACGUCUCAGGUUGAUGUGAUUGAGUGUCAUCUUAUAAAUAUCUUGGAUUCUUGAAUGGUGACUUUAAGCUUCAUACUGAUCAACUUGUAAAGAAGUUAAAGUUGCGGCUGGGUUUUUAUUUCAGGAAUAAGUCUUGUUUUUCAUUUGAAGCAAAGAAAAAGACUUGUUUUUGCCACUUUUUUGCCUCUGAUUGAUUACACUGAUGUUCUGUACAUGCAUGCAUCUUCUCAAUGCCUUAAAUCUUUGGAGAUUGUGUACCAUGGGGCGCUAAGGUUUAUGACAAACCUUGAGUCCUUAAGUCAUCAUUGGACUCUGUAUGAUCGAGUUGGUUGGCCUUCUUUGACCAUGCACAGUCACAAAAUUUA